UAAAUUAAAAUGAACUAUGACGUAACAAACGUGAACAGGAAGUAUAUUCCUCAAUGCUAUUUACAUUUCAACAUGUGGCGUUGACGAGGCAUGUUCCCUCACCGCGCGCCACCGAGGGGGCACCCAGGCUUCAGCCCUGGGCCCCAUAGACAACCAUCCGCUCCCAUGGGACCCCACUUUGUUUACCAGCAUAGAAGCUGUAGUGUUCCUGCACAUGAAAGGUUGCCCACUUAUGAGUGGACCCCAGGUCCAUCGCCCCCUCUUCCACCUCCACACAUGAACGGUUGGCGCAAGAGGAAGAAUGAGGACUACAGGUCCCCUGUUUUAAAGCGCUUUCGUAAUGAUGACUCAUCCUCCUUCAUGCCGUAUCCUCCCAAUCAGCCCCUGCCUCCUCCUUAUAGUCCUGACCAAGUUCCGGCAGGUUCCUCAAGAUCACCUAUCACUGUUUUUGGUCAUCCCCAACCCAGCCCUUACUCCCAUGUGCACACUAAUAUGCCUGCAACCUCUGAUGGCUCCGUGGACCUGCAGGUCUAUGCUAAAGAUAAGGUGAGCGCUCAGAUGGUGGAGCUGUUUGAGGCGUGCCAGCAGCAGCCUUCUGAUUUACUACGCAAGGAGAUGUGCCGUAGUUGGCUGCAGCAAGACAUGCUGCGUGUCUUUGAAGCGGGGCGACUGUACAUGACAGGGUCCACCAUGAGUGGGUUAGCCAGCCGGAGCAGUGACGCUGAUUUGUGUUAUGUCCUCCAUGAAAAUAAAACUACACAUCCAGUCACUGUACUUUCUGCCCUCAAAAGGAUGAUGAAGUCAUUGUCUUAUGUAGAGCAACCCCAACUGAUCCGAGCCAAAGUGCCGAUCCUCCGAUUCCGAGAGAAAGGCAGCAACUUGGAGUUUGACCUGAAUGUCAACAACACAGUGGGCAUCCGGAACACCUUUCUCCUGAGGAGUUACGCUUACGCUGACCCCAGGAUACGACCCCUCAUCCUUGUUAUCAAGAAGUGGGCCCGGCAUCAUCAAAUCAACGAUGCCAGUCGAGGAACGCUAAGCAGCUACACACUGGUGCUGAUGGUGCUGCAUUAUCUUCAGACCCUCAAAGAACCAGUCCUUCCUUCACUACAGAGGGACUACCCAGAGUGUUUUGAUCCGUCUUUGGAGAUCGACAUGAUCCCUGAGGGAGCCAAAAACAUCCCCCCCUACAACUCCCAAAACAAUUCGUCUCUGGGAACACUGCUUCUGGGAUUUCUCCGAUAUUAUGCCACAGAAUUCAGUUGGAGGAAGAAGGUGAUCUCUGUUCGUGAUGCCAAAGCAUUUCCCAAGCAGAAUGCUGUCAAGUGGAGAGACAAAUUCAUAAGUGUGGAAGAGCCGUUUGAGAAGAAUAACGUGGCCAGAGCAGUGCAUGAGCAGGCCAAAUUUGAUACUAUUACAUCUCAGUUUCUUGAGUCAUUCCACAUGCUACAGAAGGGGAAAAACCUCAACUGCAUUCUUCCUGUUCGAGAGAUCAUUCAUAAAGAACUAUCUUGGAAAUGAGUUAUCGGACUCUUCUACCUCAGCACACAUUUUCCCAAGUUUACAAGAGACCCCACAAUGCUGUUUUGUUACAAAAUUACCAACAUUAAUUAAAUGUGCUUUUUCUUUUCUUCCUGUCACAUCCCUAAGUGGCUUUCUUUUUAUAUUAUAUUGUGUUUUAAAUGAUUAGUAAGAAAUUAAAUCACUGCAGGUGACAUGUUUGUAUUAAAUGAGAUGCAUACUGGAUUUUCUGCUUUGGUAAAGGGUAUACAGUAGAUUACCAUUUUUCGCAGAAGUUUCGCAUUCCAGGUCUACCAAUCUGCAAGUGACUGAUAUAAUCCUGUAAAAAUGUCUAUUUUUAAUAUACAGUCCGCUCCCAACACUCCAAACCUUCACAUUUGCAAUAAAAGUGACUGUUGGAAUUAUCUAUCUCUAUUGGAGUCAGUGUAACCAGUCAUGGCACACAUGGUGCUUUCAAGGACUGCCGAACAAAGUUCUGAAAUAUAAAUUAUAAUAUAAAUAUAAAUAUCUGAAGCAUAAAUUUCAAAAAAAUUGUGGAGCUUUUUUAAUAGUAGAACAUGUACAGGUAUACUGUAUUAUGCCGUAUUAAAAAUUGUCACUAA